GGAAAGUUCUACGUUCAGUAAGUAAGGGAGCGUUGGAUUUAUCAUGUCGAGACUGUUGGAUAUGAAGGAGUUUGGAGAAGCGGCUCCGUUUCUGCGCAAAACCGACCUGGAGCUGCUGGCAGCGCAAACUGUGGCGUUUGAUGGAAAGAAACGCGCUUGGAUACCAGAUGAAAAGGACGCGUACAUUGAGGUGGAAAUCAGGGAGAUUGAUGGUGACAAAGUCAUCGUUGAGACCAAGGACGGGAAGUGCUUAACUGUGAAGGAAGAUGACAUUCAACAGAUGAACCCUCCUAAAUUUGACAUGAUAGAGGACAUGGCCAUGCUCACACACCUGAAUGAAGCUUCAGUGCUCUAUAAUCUGCGGAGGCGCUACAGCAAUUGGAUGAUCUAUGUUGGUACCAUCACAUCACAGCUCAAAGCAAAGAAACGAUCUGCCCUUUCUCACUAAUCUUUGAUGCCACAAAUAACCUGACCAGAGCAUUAAACAUAGAGGGGCGGCACUAUUCAUAGGACUUUACGGUCACAGUAAUGAAUUUAACACUUGCCUUUGCCAAGGGACAAAUACAAGUGAAUUCCCUAGAGGCAUGACCUUUAUAAGUGCCACAGUCAAAAGUAGCCUAC